AUGAGCCAGCAUAGAGAAUGCUCCCUCGAAAGAGAAGUGGGCAGUGAAGCCACAUCCUAUGUGCAAGGGAGCCAGCCAGCAGAACCACAGCUAGGGGACAAUUUUCCUCAAGAAUAUAAGGAACAGAGAGCCUUCCAUCUAACCCUAGGCGGAGCUACUGAAGUGUGGUAUAGCAGACUUCCUCCCCUGAGCAUUAGGAGUUGGCCAGAUUUGAAGAAAGCAUUCUUCAACCAAUAUCUCUCAUCUCUGAAAGGUGGCCACAACAUAAACACUUUAUUCUGGAAGGACGUGCCCAGCAAGAAUCCUGCCACCUAUGAUGAACUGGUGGAAAUGAUGAGAAUGGAAAUCGUCAGUGAAGAAAUGAUUGAUCAUCGAAACAAUGCUGCGCAGGGACUCCCUCCGCCUCAGAGACAGGCACUGGCUUCCGCCACACUGAAUGUAGUGCCAGUAUUGGCUUACGAGAAUGCUCCUGGCGAAGCAGGACCAUCUGGAAGAACUGAUAGUAAGAAGAAGAAGAAGCGAUUAAACAGGCCCUUGGAAGGGACAAUGUUUUGCACUUUCCACCAACUUUAUGGGCAAGACACCAACGAGUGCAGAGAUGCUCCUCGAAGCUCGGAUCGGAGCGAGUCACACCCCUUCAGGAGGAACGAAUAUCUUCGCAGAUCCGCCUCCCCGAACAGGGGAGAGAGAAGGCAUAGAGAGCAAUCACCCCGGAGAAGAGAAUCAAGGGACCAAGGAGAGUCCAGAAAAAGAGAUCAGGCCUCAUUUUCUGGGGCCCAAAUCAUCAGAAAAAUCGACACAAUCAUUGGAGGACCUCACAUCGACGGCAACACCAGGAACGCCCAAAGGAAUUACACUAGGGAAGCAAAUGACCCACCAAUGAUCACUUACAUUGUCAACGAAUCCCAAGAGGCCAACAAGAUAGCUCCAAUUACCUUCUCCCAGGAAGAUGCACAAGGAGUUCACCACUCCCAUUGUGACGCAUUGGUUGUGAGAGCCGUAGUGGCUAGAAACGGACUCAAACGUAUGCUCAUCGACAAUGGCAGUUCGGUGAACAUACUGUUCGGCUCCACCUUUGACAAAAUGCAAAUUCAACCCAUGAUCGACCCACUAUUAGGAUUUACUGGAGACAGCAUCAUCCCAUGA